AUGCGGCAUAAUGUGUAUCCCAUGGCUAAUUUUUUCCAUUGCGCUAGUCAUCGUUUAAAUUUGGUAAUAAAUGAUUUGAAUUCUCUUGCUGAAGUUAGAAAUUGUAUAGGGAAAAUAAAAGAAGUUACUACAUUUGUUAGAGAUAGUGCACUUCGUAGAAAUAUUGUAGGGAGUCAUUUGACAAAAUUAUGUGAAACAAGGUUCGUUGAAAAACAUAAAAGUAUCAGACAAUUUAAGGACCAAUAUGUAACAAUUGUUGAAGGCUUGGAAGAAAUAUCAAAAUCUAAUAAUUUCAACAGCAAAACUAGACAACGUAGCUAUGAAAUGCUUACUGCAAUCACUACUCCAACAUUUGUUGUAAUAUUAUCAAUCAUGGCAAAAUAUUCUGCGAAAUUUGAAACUGUAUCAACACUUCUUCAAGCGGUAGAUGUUGACCUGCAAGAAGCUACAAAACAUAUUCAAGACCUUUUAUCAAUGUUAGAAAUAGACCGUAAUAAUUGUGAGAAUCGGUUCAAUACAAUAUUUAAUGAAGUAAAAUUAGUUGCUUCUAAAAUAGAUUUGGAGUUAAAGUUACCACGGCGUAGUAUUAAACAAGUACAUCGUGAAAACUAUCCAACUAAUGAUGUUGAGAUAUAUUUUAGACAAUCAUUAUUUAUACCAUACUUGGAAUCAAUUAUAAUGUCUCUAAAAGAUAGAUUUUCAGAUGAAAAAUUAAAAAUAUUUACAUUAUACAACCUACACCCAAAAAAAAUGAAACUAAUGAGCGACCAAAAAUUCAUAGAAAGUAUUGAAGUUAUUUGUACACUUUAUGGUUCACUUCUAGACAAUUUUAAAGAACAAGCAUUGUCAUGGUAUGAUCUAUGGAAAAAUAAAGAAGUCGAACCCACCAUGAAAUUAAUUGAUGUUCUCGAUUACGCCACAUAUUACCCAGCGGUAUGCCAAGCUAUACAAAUUGCAAUUACUUUACCUGUAACUUCCUGCUCAGUAGAACGAUCGUUUAGCACUUUACGCCGUUUAAAGACUUGGAUUAGAAAUAGGAUGGGAAACGAAAGACUGAGUAGCUUGGGGUUGAUUAAUAUACACCGCCAAAGGUAUGAUCAUAAACAAUUUUUGAAUCAACAAAUUGAUGAUUCAAUUAAUUUGUUUGCUUCAAACAAAAGGAGAUUGUCAUUACUUUUUGAAUAA